AUGGUUCAAUCGAUGGUGAAACUGAAAGAGGCCCAACUUCCAACACUGACAGAAACCCGAUUUCUGAAGAACAAGAAGAAGAAGAAAGAAUCAAGCGAUGAUCAUCGAACCAAGCGUCGCAAACAUGCACCAAUCUUAGAAGAAGAUCGAAUCAGCACCUUACCAGACUCCAUCCUCCUCAGCAUCCUCUGCUUCUUGCCCACCAAAGACUCUAUCAAAACCGGCGUUUUAUCCAAAAGAUGGUCCUAUCUUUGGACCUCCGUUCCCUCUCUCAGUUUCGAAGACGGUUCCUUCCAAUGCAUCGACGAUUUCACCAGUGCCGUAGAUCAUACCCUGCUCCUACACAGAGCUCCGAAGCUCAGAAAUUUCUUUGUCCUGUUCAACUACGAGACACACUUAAAGCCUUGUCUCGAUCUCUGGUUUCGUUUCGCCACAACUGCCAAGGUAGACCAACUCAGUAUACUCUUAACUUCUACUGAUUUUUCGGGUUCUGAGGCGUACCCAUUGCCUCCGCAUCUCUACACCAAUGAGUUUGUUUCUGAAUUGGUUUUUUAUUUCUGCAAAAUUAAGCCUAAUGGGGUAGUAAAUUUGAGUUCACUCACGCGCUUGACUAUUGGGUUCACUGCGUUGUGUGAAGUUGCGAUAAAGAAAGUGGUAAUGGGUAGUCCUAGACUCGAAUACUUGGAACUGGAUAAUUGUUGUCGGGUCAAUCGGUUGGAUUUAGUGUCCGAGAGUAUUUUGAUGAAGAAGUGUCGGAUUAAGGAUGUAUCGUCGUUGGUUGAGGCUAAGCUUGAUUUCAAUUGUGAAGUUAAAGAGGAGGAUCAAGAAAGUGCUUAUAAGGUGUAUGAACAAACUGUGAGAGAACUUCUUGAGAGUCUGCAUCAUGUUAGGGAACUUACUGUUGGCAAAUGGUGUCUCAUGAGACAUUAUAAUGUAUCAAGAUUAUUGCUUUUCAUUGUUGGUGCUCUCAUUGUUUGGCUAAUCCCUGCAUAUAGAAUACUGCACAACAUCUAG